AUGGAUCCCAAGGUUCAAUCCCCUGGUGCCGAGUACCAGAUGGGCUACGUCACCCCCCAGACCACCGGUCAGGUUGUCCCUCCUCAACCAGGCCAGCCUAUUCAAUACCAACAGGGCGUUCCCCCUCCUGUCUACCAGCAGCAGCCCCAGCCCCAGGUUCAACCCCAAGCUCAGGCCUACGGCCAGCCCAACGCAUAUGGUCCCCCUCAGCACCAGGCCACCGGCUUUGGCGCGCAGUAUGGAAUCGCUCCUGAUUCCUACGGCGUGCCACUUGUGAGCCUCGCUGCCCAGCCCGCACCCGUCCAGUGCCCCAACUGCCACCAGCGUGUUAUGACCGCUGUCAGCUACGAAUCCGGUGGUUUCACCCAUCUCAUGGCCUUGCUUGCCUGCUGCGUUGUCUGCCUUGGUUGUAUCCCCUACCUUAUCGCCUCACUCAAGGAUGUACAUCACAAGUGCCCCAACUGCAACGCUCCUCUCGCCACUUAUCAUCGCAGUGGUCGUACUGAAGUCCACUUCCAGGCGGCCCAGGCUGCGGCCGCAUCGCAAGCCGCUGCCCAGCAAGCUCCCCAGCAGCCCAUCCAGCAGCAGCCCGUCCAGCCUGCCGCCCAACAUCCCCCUACGCAGUAA